GCCCGGCUCGAGAACAGAACAGAGCAGCGGAUGUGUCACGGCUUCAGCUCCUCCCCCUUGCCGGGGAGCGCCUGCGCGGGCCGCCCGGGAGGCUGGGCCGUGGCGGAGCGUUCCGUGGCCGGCGGCGCGGGACCAUGGCCGAUUACAGCGAGGAGCAGCGCAACGAGCGGGAGGCGCUGGAGUCCAUCUACCCGGACUCCUUCACGGUAUUAUCAGAAAACCCAACAAGUUUCACCAUCACAGUGACAUCUGAAGCAGGAGAAAAUGAUGAAACUGUCCAGGCAACCCUUAAAUUUACCUAUGGAGAAAAAUAUCCAGAUGAAACUCCACUUUAUGAAAUAUUCUCCCAGGAGAACCUUGAAGAUAAUGAUGUCACAGACAUACUAAACCUUCUAGCACAACAGGCAGAAGAGAACUUGGGGAUGGUAAUGAUCUUCACGCUAGUGUCAGCUGUACAAGAGAAAUUAAAUGAAAUAGUGGAUCAGAUAAAAACAAGACAAGAGGAGGAAAAGAAACAGAAGGAAAGAGAAGCAGAAGAGGCAGAAAAGCUAUGUUUCCAUGGCACUCCUGUUACAAUCGAGAAUUUCCUAAGCUGGAAAGCAAAGUUUGAUGCAGAGCUCCUAGAAAUUAAAAGAAAAAAGAUGAAAGAAGAAGAGCAAUCAGGCAAAAAUAAAUUAAGUGGAAAACAACUAUUUGAAACAGAUCAUAAUCUUGACACGUCCGACAUUCAGUUCUUAGAAGAAGCUGGAAACAGCGUGGAAGUGGAUGAAUCCUUGUUCCAGGAAAUGGAUGACUUGGAGUUGGACGAUGAAGAGGAUGAUCCUGAUUACAACCCUGUUGAUUUAGAUAGUGACUAAACUGAAAUUUCUGGACUGGCUAUGUCAUUAGUAUGCUUGGAAACGUGUAGGGAGAAAGAGGCAGUCAGGAAAGCCACAGCAUCUGUGGCUCUACCAAGCAUGUAUUGGUUUUCAUUUUUGAAGGAAAAAACCAAGCUAUUUUAAUUUCAGGAGAAUGCUCUUCUGAUGACUUUCAUCAUAAUUAAUAAAUUGGCUUUAACAUUUCGAAUGUGAAAUGUUAGGCAUGUUGUUAACCUGUAUGAAGUCUAGAAACCCAGACAUCUGUUCUGUUCUCCCUUCCCACCUCAAUAACUGCCCUUGAAGAGAUCAGAUGUGCAAGGUGAAAAGAUGCUAGGGCAGAUGCUGCAUGUGCCACAAUACAAAGGUAUGCUGAGCACCUAUUCUGUUAUCUUCGGCCUGAGAUACGUGUGGAAGUUCAGGUGAAGAGAUGGGGAGUGCCUACUAUAAAACUGCUCUAUCUGUGGGACUCUACAGUGCUUCAUAUACAAUUUAUUAAUGAUGCUUGUAACCGUUCUCAUUCAUUAGCGGCUAUAGAGAGACUGACUGGUGGUGACCUUCCAACUUCACACCACCUCCUCAAAGUUCCAUGUUAGAUGAUAUCCUUCCUCUUCCCCAUACUACAGCAGCACCACCAAUAACACUGCUGAUGUUAAAGAUAAAAUAGCUUCUACAUUAUAAAAAUGAUUUGAUAACUUGGCCAUUUCAGGUUACAUAGGGUUUAAAAUUGACAUCUUGGAUCUAGUUUUUUUUAAAAGUAAAACCAGAGCAGUAAAAACCCUUUAAUUGCUCUUCUUUUCAACUUUUAACUUUCUUGGCCAUAAUCCAGACAAGAAUUUGGAAAAAAGUUCUAAAGGACAUGGAGGCCUUAAAAUAAUUUUCAAAUGUUUGAUAGAUCUAUUUGAAAGGCAGCCUCUCUUUUGAACUUGUGCAGUAGUUAACCUUUAUUGAAAACAUUAUAAAAACAAUAAUUUAAUUAAUGGGACUUGUACUCGGCUGAUUGUAGAGAAUAAGACCACACCGUUGUAGUUAAACUUGAAUAACAGUUCAGAAUACUGUCUCUCUCUUAGUAAUUGCUUGAAGAUCACAGGCUAUGGAGAGAGGUGCGAAAUGGAAGACUGUUGCUAAUGAGAGGAAGAUGUAGCAUGCCAGUGUGUGUAAGAGUAAGGAGGAUGCUGUAUUUGGCUUAGAAGAAGGAACAAGAAAACAUUUUAAAUGGAGAAAUAGAGGAAAGUGAAUAAACCAAGGCAAGAGAUAUGAAGCAAAAGUGGAUAACUGAAAUGGAGAGGGGAGGCUCAUGAGACAUGGAGGGAGGGGAGAAGACAUUGUAACUCCUCUGUGAUUAUAGAUCAAGCUGCAAUAGAUGUUUGCUAUUGGUCAUCAGUGAUAAAUGAAAAUCCAAGGAUCUCCGUGUUGCUAAAUAUUUUAGCAGGUUUACUUCUUGUUUAUGAAGAUAUGAUCUCACUCCCUCUGAUGGAAAAAUAUUCAUAAUGUAAUAUAACAUUUUUCAAAGAUGAUUUGAGGCUCUUUUGAAUAAAGUAGUUUGGGGUACUGUAUACAAAAGGAACUAAGUACAGGUAUGCCUUGUUGUUGUAUGAGUGAUUGUUCAAUAACUAGGCAUAAAGCUAAUUUCACGACACAGGUCUCUGAAUAAAUUGGGAUCAGGGAGCUGCCAAGCCUCUAGAUGAUGGAGGUUUGUGUGCGCACUCUAAAUUUUAAUGUAUUUUUAGUACGACUAUUUUAGCUAGCAGGGCUUCAAACAAGUUAAUUUUUUUUGUAUGGGAAUGUUUACUGCUCUUGCAACCUUUGUUCUGAGAACUAGAAAUAUUUAACUUUUGGUUACAUAUUUAGACAUGGGAACCUUCAGCCCAGAAGCCCCUAUAUAGCAUGAUACUGUCACAUUCUGGGGUGCAUUUCAGACCUGAGGGCUUGUAACUGCUUGCCCUACUUGUGCCUCAGUGCUUUACUGUUGUAGCUCCCAAUCUGGGCUACCCACAAUCAGCCUGCCAUCAUACAGGUCACGCUCCGAGUGUCCACAUAUAGCUAUAGGCUUGGUCUAGCAACUCUGACCCCAGCAGCCUGUCAACAGCAUACUAGCCACACUCUGACUUCCAGCAACCUUGGUUACUACUUUCAGGAUGACCCCGACACACUCCCAAAUUUUGGACUGUUCAGAUAUUAGAGAUCCUUUGCAUCUGUAAGGGGUCAAAAUUCAGCUGUUUGCUAUUCUCCUGGAGUUACCAAACAGUUCAGUUUAAAUACAACCCUGGAUUAGUUUGUAGUUAGAUAAACUUAUUUCAUUUUUUAAUCUUAAAAUAGGUUUUAAGUGAAUAUAAGUAUUAAAGUCAGAAAUGGUUACAGGAGAAAUAAAGAAAAUACUUUCUAGUAGCUAAAAUUUAACAAGCUAGACUUGGUUCAAGGUAAAAUCCUUACUGCAGGUUCUCAGCAACACAGAUGACCAUAUUCUCUGUUCAGGAUUUCCCCUCAGAGUCAAGGAGGUGGUUACUGUAUCUCUCUUAGGUGAAAGAGACACAGAGAUAGGGAGAGAUCUGUUGGGGGUGUUUUUGCCCCUCACUUUUAUAGUCGAGUCACCCUUUGCAGUGGAUUCUUUUAUAGAUUACCCCUUAAAGCAAAGUUUAUUCAAACAGUAAAGAAGGUGACAUGGAGUUGGGUGAUGAAGGUGGUUCUUUGCUCUUUUCCCCUGUGUAUGCUGAAAUGCAGAUUUGCCUUAUCUCCUGCCAUUUCCCCUCGUGCUGUCUCAAGGAUUGUGUUUACUACUUAUAUGUACGUUGAGGUAAACACACAUUUUGUUGUGUAGGAUGAACCUGUUGAACAACUUUUGCCAAGGCAGGGCUGGGUGGGUUUGAAUAUGUGCUGACAAUAUCAUACAGGAGGCGUUUAUAACUUUACAUACAAUGAUGCUACAUGUAGUAAGAAGAUGGCCUGAAACAUAAGGCCUUGUAUCAGAGGCCUGGGAUAAAGUAACGGUCAUAACUUGCUAAUAUAAAGCAAAGUUAAGUUGUGAGCAAAAGGUAGGCCCAGAUAACAGAAUCUGGCAAGAACAAGGCUGAUAUUGCAGAAACACGUAUUCCUAAGUAGUGCUAGGCGUAAGAAUAUAAACGCAAACACAUUCCAGAAAGGUGGUACCAGAACACCUUGAUGCCAGCACAUUCCCCAACGAUAACAGAAACACGCUGACCCAUCCUAAAGAUAAGGUCAGGAUGACAGUAUGAUGGAUAGAGAUGUUUGGAUCAAACCAACACAUACAAGGUAAUUGAUGCCACCCUGAUACAUCAGGGUCAAUACGUAAUUUUUUUGCAUUGGUGUGCAAGAGGUAUCUCGGAGGGAGUGUCUUUGGCCAGCCUAGGGAGCAGUGAAAAGUCCUGCCACUGACUGAGCUGCAUCCAUUGUCAUGAGCAUACAUGUGCUAGUAUCCUUGUAGAGUCUACCAGGUGCUAUUCCUGUGCUUUGUCGACAAUAAACCUGGCUGGGUGCCUUCGCUACUAAA